AAUGACACCUGGUUUACAACAAACCACUUCACCGCAUUGCCACAAUAACAAAUGUAGUGCUUAUACCUUUCCGGCUGAUGAUAGUCUGAUGGCUUUACUAGCUGUAAUUGUGUUUUUUGUUAUAAGAUGCUGUAGCACAUUGUCAGCUGAAGGUAUAUUAGAAAUUAAAUAUGACAGUAUGCUACUGUGUCACCUCUGGGUGUGUGGGCUUUGGAAAGUCGUUGAUCUGUUGCAGGCAAGUCCUUGUCCUCUAAUGAAGCCAACAGUACAGACACCGCUUAUGGCUUUGUGGCCUGUGUGAUUUCAGUACUCUUGUAUGGAAGUUACUUUGUUCCUGUUAAAACAGUUGAUACCGGUGAUGGAAUGUUUUUUCAGUGGAUUUGCUGUUCAGCUAUAUGGUUUGUUGGACUGGUUGUGGAUACGUUGUUUCGCCCCUCCAGAGCUCAUCCUGCCGCGAUGCUCGGAGGAGCACUUUGGGCCACUGGAAAUAUAACAGCAGUCCCAGUUGUGAAGUUUAUUGGCCUUGGACUUGGAAUUUUGCUUUGGGGAUCUAGUGGUUUGCUAAUUGGAUGGGCAAGCUCAAGAUUUGGCUGGUUUGGUCUUCAUCCGGAGGAUGUAUCCAAGCCUAUACUCAAUUAUUGUGGAGCUGGCCUUUGUCUGCUAAGUGCCAUCAUAUUCUUCUUUGUGAAAAGUGAUGUUCAGAAACGUUCAUCUACUGAAUCCAUGCCUUUGUUAAUUGAUGAUAGGAGGCUGAAUCCAGACAGUACAAGCCCCAGUGAUUCAUGGGUGGACACAAUUUCACCAAAGAGCAAGAGAGUGUUUGGCUGCAUCUUGGCCAUAUUUUCAGGUGUCCUUUACGGAUCUUCUUUUGUGCCCGUUUUCUAUAUUAAAGUCCACGCCACAAACAAUUCAAGUAUGUUUACUGGAUCCAGUCAGAAUGAAAUUGACUACUGCUUUGCCCAUUACAGUGGAAUUUUCCUCAUGAGCACAGUGUAUUUUCUUGCUUACUGUGCAGUCAUGAAAAACAGGCCUCGCAUUUAUCCCAGAGCCAUCUUACCUGGUUUUUUGAGUGGCCUGAUGUGGGGAUUAGCCACAUAUGCCUGGCUUAUGGCAAAUUACUACCUUAGUGCAGUGAUCACAUUCCCUAUAAUUAAUGCUGGUUAUGGCUUAGUAGCUGCUCUGUGGGGAAGUGUGGUAUUCAAAGAGGUCAAAGUAGGGACUUGGGAACUUGCUGCUGUUUGUUUUGGCAUCUUGUGUUGUUCUGGCUGGCUCCGUGUUAACUGCCUAUUCAAAGAUCUGAGUCUGUACGUUAUGUUACCACAAGGUGGCAAUGGUGGAUCAGGUUUUAAACCAAUAUUCCUGCAAUCAUUGAACAGUCUUAUCACAUUGCAUAAGGCCUCUGCAGUUGCUUAGUAGCCCUUGAUGUAUUUUGCACGUUUCUUGCUCUUGCAUUUUAAUUGCUGUCAGAAUUAAUUGUAGGUGUUGUGUAAGUUCACGUGUAUUUGAAUUAAACCAUUUCCCCUUUCUGGCUAGGUUGUUUAUAGCUUUGUGUUUAUAUUUGUUGUAUUUAUUCAACUGAGUCAUCAUAAGGGUCACUGAAAUUUUUGACCAGCAAGUUUUCGUGGCUUUUUAUCUCUCCAAUCAGACUCAGCAGAGAGACUGGCAAAGACUGGACAAGCAUACAGCUCUACAGUUUAAAACAAUGCAUUCCCGAUAAACGUAAAUUACUACAUAGUUUGUGCUGUUGUUGUGACUGCAUCCUGUUCCUCUUACUGAAGCCCAUCAUUAUUACAUGUUAUUGCUUCACAGAUUCACACCAGUAAAUUCAAGUAGAGAACAUGUCAAAACAGCAUUGUUUACAGGCAGGUGUGCACAGGCAACUUCUUCCUGAUGGGAUAUGCAAUUGUAAUUAAUUUUAAGGUCUUUCCGGCAGACCUCAGCAUUCCUGUUUUUGUAAUUUAUAAGUAGCUGUUGUAAAA